AUGGCCUGGACGACUGUUGGCUACCAUGCGAUGGAGCAGAAGUUUUUUGAUGAGCUGAUUUCCAAAGACGCAGAUGCUUGCAUUUUGCCUUCCUUAUCCUUUGCAAGCUGGUACCGCACACCUCUGUGCGCCAUCUCCCAGACACGAAAAGAGAUUGUCCGCAAGCUUGGUGUUACUUUGUCUGAGACAUUAGAAGUGCACCCGAAGGCAAAAGCACAGGCACUCAAGCGCAGCCCAGGCAAGAGCCGUGUUGAUGCGGCAUUGGAGUGCCCCAACUAUGUGGUGUGGCGGCUGCGAACCCAAGAGAAUGUCGCAGAGUUGGUUUCCAAGGGCAUUUUGCAAGGCUGCCAGAACAGGUUCCAGUUGAAGGAGCCGCUGGAGCCUCUCCGUCCUUUCACGCAAGUUGGCAAGUGGUUUGUUGAGUAUGCGCCUGCGGCCAUCCAGCCCACAUUGUCUGGCGGGGCCGCUCGUGCCUUUGGCAGCACAAAAAUGGAGAACUUUGCCUGCUCAUACUUUCUUGCCUUGCCUGUGGCGGCUGAGCAUGUCCCCUUGCAAGAGCUGUUGGCUGUGACGCGAUCAGCGCCUGUGCUGAAGCUGUUGCUUCAGAAUGAAACCAAUGAGGAUAUGAAGGUGCUUCUUGAAAAUUGCAUUGCCGGUAGAGGUGAUUACAUUGGGUUGCCAUUGGUGGCAAGCCCCAUUACUGCCAUGAUCCUGGGCUUCUUUGCUUACAAGCCACCCUCUGAGCAGUUCCAGCAGUCCCAGCAGUCGGCGCCGCUGCACCUGCUGAAGUUCUGCGCGCAGUCCUUGGUGGAUCAUCACCUGCCAUUCUUUCAUCCUCUUUGCCCACUCUGGCUCUACAAGCCUGCUGGCUUGAUUCAGCUCAUCCAGAAGAAUGAGAUGAUGUUGGCCAUCGAAGACUUCAGAAUGAAAGUCAGCCAGACUGCAGAGUACCAGUCACAAACAGAUCUUCUGCAUCAAAACCACAGGGCGAGGCUUCAAAACCGCAAGCGCCAUUUGGAAGAGGCGGUGGACACCUUGAAGGCAGAGAUUAUGGACCAUGAGGCUGAGAUUGGCAAGAUUGAUGCUGAGAUGAAGCCUGCCGAAGGACCUGCUGAGGACCCUGAGCCAAGCAAACUGGUCCGCGAGAACUUGCCAAAGAAGUUCACUGCAGCGAAGGCAAUGCACAAGACGCCCCCACUGGAGAUAUCUGCGGAGGUGAAGGACAAAGACGCCUCGACUUACAAGGCACCUUGGGCAACGGAGCAGUGCAUGGCUUCCAUGAAGGUCAAUGGCAUGUAUGAGGCCAGUGGCCUCGCACUGUGGCUGCGAACUGGGGUUUGGUCGAUGGGCAAGGAUCGGGACGUUGAUCCCGGUGAUGUCUCCUUUGCAGCACUUGAGAAGUUCGCCAACAGCUACUUCAACAAGUAUGUGUCGCUCAAGACCUAUGUGAGCAGGGACGGCAAGCGGCAAAAGCCGAGAGACAGACUGCUGUGGCCUGUCAUCAUGGUAUGUGCUUGCGAUGCUGUCUCGGAUGUGGACAAGAAGUUUUUCGAACACAGUCUCAAUGUUUUGUCGUCCCACUUUGUCCUGUGGUCCUGGUACUAUGCAUUGUCAAAAGCCCUGUGUGCCAGCGACAAGGAUUGGCUUGCUAUGCUGUGGGAGGCCGGCCUGACUGUAACAAUCCAAGUGCGGCUUUGCCCAGACUUAGCAGACUUUGUGAAAGCGCGCAACCAUGCCUCGGAAGGCCUCAAGUCCAUUGGUGACCUGUCCUUAUCGGACACAUUUUUAACUUUUGCCGAUGUGGUAAAGAAGCUGGGCAUUGAAAAGGAACAGGAUGGGAUCUCGCAUGGACUACGGUUCAACAAUGCUGUGUACAACUCAUCAAUGCACAGGGCGGCCAUGGGGGUCAUCUUCUUGCUUGAAGGAGAUGUAUUUUUGAAGUCCAUGGGUCGUCUUGAGAUGGGUUGGGGACGCGAGUUGCUGUCAAACGCGUACUCAAAGCUGAACCGCUUGGUGUCGCUGUCCAAGGCUGCUGCCACAACUGAAAGGACUGCGCAGCAAGUUGCUAGCUGGUUGGUGCAGAUGCUGCACUUGGCUUUGGUGAAGAACAUCAUUCAGAGCAAGCAGGCCACGGAUGUUUGGCUUUUCGGAGACCGCAAGCAUUCUACUACUGGCUACUGGCAAGCUUGCCUCGUCAUUCUGGAGGUCUUUGAUUUCCUGGCGCCACUGACGUCGAAGCUGCCAGAGCAAGAGUGCCAGAAGUGCGUCAAGGUUUUGGAGAGCAUCAGAGAUCCCACAACCUGCUUGGCAGAGUUCCUUCUCACAGAGUCUGAAGAGAGUGGCAUUGUGAGAGAAGGUGAAGAAGAUGCUGCAGCUGCAGCCCCAGUGGAGGCUGGCAAGUUGAACACAGUGAAGGCAGAGUUCAACAAGGCAACUGGUUCCUUGCUGGAAUUGCUUGUUGACUUGAUGCGAGGGGAAUACAUUGAGGACUGCAAGAAGAUCGCAGCUGAGAACAUGAAGCUUCCUCAAGCCGUUACUGAAGCUGCAUCCAGCAUGCAUACUGAUGAGAAGUCUGGCCAGCAGAGCGUGAAGUUGCUCACAAGCCUCUACUUGGUGGUGCAAGCUUUCGACACCGGAAGCAAAAGCGUUUCACUGGCGUCGACAUUGCCAUCGCAGAGCCUGAUCCAGACUCUCAACCCAACUACCUCGUCUGAGCAGGAUGCGGCUGCUCGAGAAAUGACUUGGAAGCAGGUCCAAGCCGAGCGAAGGAAGUUCGUGACAUUCUCCGUUGUCCCGAAGUAUACAAAGGACUCCCUGAAUGCAGCCUUUCGCAACAGCGGCAAGGUUUGGGCACACAAGGGCUCUUUGAAUGCCAGCCAUAGGCUGAUCAUUGGCAGCGCUGACAUGAUGACGGAGGAGUCUGAUCAGCCUUGGCUAUCCCUGUCGCCGCCUGCCCAUGAAGCUUGGAAGGCUGUUGCAGAGUUCUGUGUGGCCCUCACUGGCAGCACCGAUUUCACAUUGCUUUUCGAUGGUCGGAUGCGGGAGAUCAGAAGGAUCAAUGAAGAUGUUGUCCUGGCCCACUCGCACACAGAAGAACUUUGCUUGAUCUACAGUGGGGGGUGCGUUCCUCGAGCAGGCCGGGUCAGGCGAGUGCCUUUGGGGGCCAAGAAGGUUGAGACAGCAGUGCUCCGCUUUCCUGCCCAACGCACCAAGAUCAAGACGACAAAGAAGGAAAACUUCACAUCUUGCGGAGAAGCAACGACGUUCCAGGGCACAUUCUCUGGGGUCACAUUCCGCCCUGUGAGUGAACUGCCACUGAUUGCAGCAGAUGAGAAGAAGAAAAUCUUCCCAGCUGCCCCAGCCGUCCCAGCACCAGAGCCAUGGAAAGAGUGCCACGGCGAAGAUGUGCCUUUGUUUUGGCAAGAGGCCAAGCCGAUUGAGUUGUACUUGGCUUUGCUGGACGAGUUUAAGGGACAAGCCGUUCUGGACCUGACUGCCGGGUCCGGUGCCCUGAUGGAGGCUUGUUUGACCCGUGGGAUUCAGUAUCACGGAGUAUGCCUGAACCGUGAGCACAUGUCUUGGUUGCAGGCGGUUGCGGAUCGCGCUGCGUGUGGGCUGAUCUCCAUUGAAGGUUCCACACUCUAUGCUGAGGAGCUGGCUAAGAGUGUGAAGCAGCACUUCGCUGAUGUUCUUCAAAAGUUGGUUCCAGCUGAUGACGAGGCAGAGGAGCUGAUGGAGCCGGAGACCGAUGAUGACGCAGCCUAA